CCUCUUCAGCAUCAGCAUCCUCCUCCUCCCUUCGAGACUGGACCGCAGACGAUGGCACCGCCGGCGCUCUCGCGCUCGCAGCUGAGCUACACCCUGACGGGUCUCCUCUCGGCGCCGCCGCACAGACAAGAUGACCGCGCACUGCUCGCAUUCCGCCCGCUGAGCCUCGCGACGGGCAUCGCGCCCCAGGCAGCAGGCAGUGCACGCUGCGAGCUUGGCGGCACGUCCGUCGUCGUGGUCGUCAGCACAGAGGUCAUGCAGGACCAGGAGGCUGAGAGCCCCGCGCGCAUCAGCUGCAACCUCGACUGCUCACCGGCCAUGCAGCCAGGCCCGACACUGACGGCCCUCCUCACGCACCUCUCCACGCUCAUGUCGUCUCUCCUCGCUGCGCCCGACGAGCCAUCGUCGGAGCAGCUCGUGAUCUUGCGGUCGCCCUACACGGGCCGGCCCACGCGCGCCUGGCGGCUGCACGUCGAUGCAACGCUGCAGAGCCACGCCGGCGGCAACGUCGCCGACGUCCUCGUCGCCACGCUGUAUGCGGCCCUCUGGGACCUCCGACUGCCGCGCACGACCGUCGUGGGCGUCGUUGAGGAUGUCGACUCGGUCCGCGACAAGAUGGGCGUCCACGGCCUCUCGCUGGGCCAGACGGGCGCCGGCGGAAGCAUCGACGCCAUGACGGGCAUCAAGGGGCCCCUCUCGCGGCACAAGGUCCAGGUCCAGGGUCAGGGUCUGAGCCAGGGUCAGGGCCAGGGACAGCAGAGCAAGGACAAGGCGCACGGCCGCGUCGACAAGGCCGGCGUCGACUUUGAGGUCCAGGACGUUUGGGACGGCGGCGAGCCAUGGGCCGGCCGGUCCGAGUUCCCCGUCGGCGUCACGGUCAAUGUGCUGCCCCGGAGCACGCUGCUCGAUGCGACGCUUGCCGAGGAGGCCUGUCUGCCGCCGUCGAGGCGGAUACUGGUGCUGUCCAGUCCCACGGGCAAGGUCCGCGCGGUGCAGACAGUCCCCAACACGAUAGACGUGGCUGCGAGUGUCGGUGGAGAGGCAUCGGUGAACGAGGAGGAAAGCAUGACGGGCACGCUGCCCUAUGCGAGACUCAAAGAGGCCAUCAAGGCUGGCACAGAGCAUGCAAAGGCACUUCAUGCCGUCCUGCGAUCGCAGCUGACCGACUCGUCCGACGGCGACGAUGAGAUGCAAGACUAGACAGGGGACAAGGGGACAAGGCAAGAGACACGAGGGCAAGGAUGCAUGUAUAUUGUAUUGUAGUCACACACACACACAGAGAAUUGGAGCUU